UGGCGCACGUCACUUGCGCCCCACGACUAUUGACGACGCCAUCAGCCUCCAUCCAGUCCGACCACAUGGGCAUUCCCAAACCUAAACACAACUCCCUAUGGAGUCAUCACCUCUCACGCGGCAGCCUCAGCCUGAGGUCCUGACACCGAAAAUCGUCGGUCUCUACGAGUCUCUCUUCAAGGAUGACGACGACGUGGACAAGUCAGAGGGAUUUUGGAAAGAGUUCUUUCUGCUCAAGCCGGAUCGACAUGCGUUUCGGGCCACGCUGAACGAGGUCUCGCCCUCGGACAUGCUGCAGCUCGAGGGGAGGACGAGGGAGCUGUUUGCGCGCGCUGUCGCGACGUUGAAAGGCGGGCACGCUGGCGCGGCCUCCAAUGCACUAGAUACGCUCAGCGUAUUCCUCUCGAGUGUGCUCUCGAAGAAAUACCCCCAACCUAGCUCCGACGCCAUCGCAGUCCUCGCCGGCCUCGACUACAUCGAUACGAUAUUCACAGAUUUCGUGGGAACGCUAGAUGGAAUCAUCAGAAAUGGCAAGAACCUGGACGUGCGGCACAAGGCCGUCGAGGUCCUCCUGGCGACGACGGCGGGAGCGUACCAGACGACGCUUCUCACAUACAUGAUACACAGGGACCUGUUCCCGUCCAUCAUGAAAUUCGUUCACGAUUCCGAGAAGCCAGGCCCCGUGCUCGAGCCCUUCACCCUCAUCGGGCUGCUCGCCAACUACAACAAGUUCGAGUUCCAAAAUCCGUACCAGCUUCGCCUGAACGACUUUGUCAACGAGGCGACGAUACAGAAAAUUAUACGAUGCGUCGGGUACACGUGCCAGGCCGUCAGGGCAGACUAUGUCGAGGUCCAGGAUGACAUACCCGAGGGCUGGACACUGAGCAGGACGCUGAGCCUGAUAGGCCUCGGGUUCAUUGCGCCAGGACCGAAGCCGGAGAAGAAGCCCAUAUACGAUGCCGAGACGGCCAAGCACAUGUUCACGCAGCUGCCCGGCCCCAACGCUGCGCUGCUCCUCUCAGCCUACGACUUUGCCCAUGCCAACAAGCUCUUCUGCUUCAACCUCGUAACGCUAACGAGCGAAAAGGGCGAGGAGCAACCGAUCUCCAGCUACCUCUCCCUCACAUCCUACUUCCUACAGCACGCCCACCUCUCGGCGCGGGCGACGUCGUACGCUCAUCUCAACCUGAUGGUGUUCCGCCUCCUAGUCGAGGACCCCGUCAUCUGCAAGAAGCUAUGCAGCGACGAGCUGAGCACACCUGUACGCCUGUGUCGUCACCGCCAGCCGUUUCUGCCCUUGGUUAAGGGCGACCGGAACAUCGCAGCGGCAUUGCUGGAUGUCAUGGUGGACGGUGUCAACCACAACCUCCGCAAACGCCUGGACGUGAACUUAUACACCCUCUGCGUCGGCAUCAUGCUUCGCAUCAUAUCCUACCUGUCCCGCUCGCGCACGAGGCUAAGGUACCACUGGUCCGAGCUGUUCCGCUCCCUGCUAUCCAUGAUUCGCUUCCUCACCCAGUACACGGCCGACCUGAAAGACCUCACGCACAUUGAGACCCUUCUUGACCAUGUCGUCAACCUGGUAGCCCUCUCGCUGUCCGCGGGCGAGGCUUUCCUGCCCACGCCCGCCGCCUACGACGAUCUCUUCUACAAGGUGGUCGAGUCCGGCGACGUCCUCACCAAGUUCAAGGAGAACUACCGCCUCGCCAACCGGGGAAGCAACUCCAUCGACACGCUCAUCAACGUCAGCGCGCACUACAAGCAGAUGCUCGUCGACAACGCCGGCAACAAGAAGAGGCCCAGCAACCUGACGGCAGUCCAGGUCGCCGACGUCAUCAAGCAGGGCUACGAGACGCUGAGCAUCCAGGCCAAGGAGGGCCUGGACACUUGGGAUCGCUACCGCGAGGCAGACGAACGGACGGUGUUGAAGAAGAUGGCGCGCGCCGCAGUAGGCGACGCGCGCACCAUGGUGGAGCGAUGAUGAGUACCAGGAAUUUUACCCUUCUGUUCAAUCAUGUCGACAAGUCAUGCUUAUCCAAGUGUCGAGCACUGUGACCAUUCCAUUCCGUCAACGAUGGGCCGCGCAUGUGGCAUGCAAGCCCACCAGUUACAAAAGAACCGAAAAGCCACGUCCGCAAGCUGCGGCGAGCCAGGUAUCGAUCUGGCUAGUAUACCUUAGACAUUAGAUGGCUGGCUGGCUUCUGGAAGCUUGGGCAAUGUCACGUGGUAUGCUACAACCUUGACGAGAACAAACCGCGGUGAGGUUAACAUCGGCCCGUACGGAUCAAAACUCAAAAGGACCUUGCAAGGAGGGCCUUUGUGGGCAUCAUGUAAUUGUAUUCCCACUUCAAUUUGGUAAUAUCAUGGAUUUCUUGACAUGAC